GGGGAGGUAGGGGAAGGAAGAGACACAAAUCCAAAAAAACUUGGACACCCAAGGCCAAGACGGAGAGAGACAAGGCGGGCCAUGUGGAAGCCAUGGGCGGUCGCCGCUCGGGCGUCGUGACACCUGCUCCCCUCGCGUCGCCAUGCCCACGCCCACGCCCACGCCCCCUUGCCUGCCGAUGACGCCCGUGCCGUGCCGCCGCCGCAAUGCGCCUCAAAAACCCUCAUCCUCAUCUUCUUGAUCCGUGAGGCGACCGCGGGCUUCCUCGUUUCUUGAUCCGAGGGCGCGGGGAGGCCAUGGCGGAGGCGGCGGCCUCGCCGGCGCAGCCGAAGCUGCUCUACAUUGCCGUGGCCGACGGCGGCGGGCGGCGGGCGUUCCGCUACACGCGCCCCGUGCUGCAGAGCACCCUCCAGCUCAUGGGCUGCAAGGCUCGCCACGCCUUCAAGAUUAGCAAGAGAGUAUUCAAUAUGAUGAAGGGUGAAUUCUUGGACACAUCGAAGUUGGAUAGGGCUGUUAAAGAAGGAAAUUCCCCUGGCCUUGACAUCGGGGAAGAUGCCAAGAUGUUGAACCCAGAAACUUCAGACGCAAGUAGUAAUAGCGUUCCCUUUGAAUUGUACAAGACCCAGACAACGAUUAUUGUUUCAAGAGAAAAGUUUCUAAAUGUUGUGUGUGAUGCGCUCUCUUCGUACAAAUAUGUUGGACCAAACCAGAAGGCUGACUUGCUUCUUGCUUGCAGAAUUAAGGAGAGAAAGGAAUCAGUGACAGUACUCUUAUGUGGGACCAGCGGGUGCGGCAAGUCCACUCUAUCAUCUUUGUUGGGUAGUAGAUUGGGCAUCACAACAGUAGUUUCUACUGAUUCCAUACGUCAUAUGAUGAGAAGCUUUGCAGAUGAAAAGCAAAAUCCUCUUCUUUAUGCGUCAACCUACCAUGCUGGUGAAUACUUGGACCCUAUUGCAGUUUCUCAGUCAAAGGCAAAACGCCAGGCAAAGAAGCUCGAUAUGGUUUCUCGUCCUAGUACCCUUGAAGGCAAAGAUGACAUUUCAGAUGUUCAAUCCCGUCAUGGAGCCUCAGAAUUACCUCCUAGAACUGAGUUGAUUGGCAACAAGCAAAUGGCAAUAGAAGGGUUCAAGGCGCAAAGUGAGAUGGUUAUUGACAGCCUGGACAGAUUAAUUACAUCUUGGGAAGAGCGGAAAGAAUCUGUUAUUGUAGAAGGAGUUCACUUGAGCCUGAAUUUUGUGAUGGGCCUGAUGAAGAAACAUCCUUCCAUAAUACCAUUUAUGGUAUACAUUGCAAAUGAGGAGAAACACAUGGAGCGAUUCGCUGUACGUGCAAAGUACAUGACAUUGGAUCCAGCAAAGAACAGAUACAUCAAAUACAUCCGAAAUAUCAGGGCUAUUCAGGAAUAUCUUUGCAACCGAGCGGACAAGCAUCUGGUGCCCAAGAUUAACAAUACUAAUGUUGACCAGAGUGUGGCGGCUAUACAUGCCACGGUCUUCAGCUGUCUUCGCCGGCGAGAAGCUGGGGAGCAGUUGUAUGAUUCCAACACAAACACUGUUUCUGUAGUGGAUGAGGAAUACAGGAACCAGCGUGCAGCUAACUCCUUGGGUUCAAAGGGCAUGUUUCAGUUCAUUCAAAGGAAGGGGUCUUCGAGGAAUCUGAUGGCUCUCCUUAACCCUGAUGGUUCCGUCACUAAGGCUUGGCAUGUAGAUACAAGCGAUGCCAAUGGAAAUGGUAGUACAAGUAGUGAGAAAUCAGUCAGAAAUCAUAUGGUUAACCCAUCACAAAUUGGGAAGGCAGAGUCGGUUAAUCUCCAAUUUGGUUCUUUCGGAAUCAGUGCAUGGUUGAGUGAUAUAGGUGGCACCAGUCAUGCUGGAAGUGUAGAUGACCUAAGGGCUGAUGGCAUCGAGACGGCCAGUAGAUACUUCUCGUCAUGCUGCAGUUCCCCAAAGACGUCAGAUUGUGCUUCCAAAGAGCAUAUGGAAGAUUAUUCAGUCUAUGGUAGUGAAGAAGAAGCUGAUGAUCCACCUGAUGCUGAAACUGAUGAUGAUCUGACUGACGAAGAGAGAGACGUUCAUGAGAUUGAAGCUGGCUCCGUAGACGAACAUUCCACCAAGUCUGACGAGGAAUACGACGAUCUAGCCAUGCAGGAUGUGAUGGAGAACGGUAACAGCUCUGAUGAUGAGCAAGCUGCGGGCUCUGGCAACAGGAGCUCAGCCCUUGAGGAGAGCAUCCUUGGAGCAGCCGAUGGAGAUGAUGCCAUGGCGGGAAGGUACCACCACAACCUGGAGCUCUUCUUCAAGAUGUCCAAGGAAGUAGCCGCCACAGAGAUGCCGUGUGCGUAACGCCGCUGCUCUCCGCCAACUAUGUGAAGUUCAGUGGACAUUACCACGGUGCAUUGUUCACCGGCGGUGGUGCUCUCCGCCAACUAUGUGAAGUUCUGUUUGCAGAAUUGCAGUAGGAGUCUACUCGUUUGCUGUACCCAAAUGAGUUUAUAUUGGUGGUGUGUGACUGUUAGAGAUGAGGAUCUGAUGCUUCUCAAAGAUUACAUAUUAUAUAUAGGGAAUCUGGGGCUUGCCCUUACAUGAAACUGGAAAUAAUGAAAAGUGUUUUUUUCUUUCGAGGAGGUAAUAAUGAGAAGUUGAAAAUAGCAUAAGGAGUGUGUUAAGAUUUCCAUC